UGAGCUUCAGGAGACAGAUAAGGCGGUGUGUGCCAGCAGCAGCAUGUCUCUGCUCAUGGACUCCAUGCUGUGUGCCCUGGUGCCCCUAGUCUCCCUCACCGCCCUCAUGCCCGAGUUCAGUGGUGUCCCGCAACACACGCUGGUAGGGACCCCAACAGGGAAUAGACACGUGCAUAUGUAUGCCCCACGUCAACAAACAUGUCUGUGCACACUCAACCCACAUCGACCCAUACUGUAUGUAUGUACUGAUUUACUUUCGUAUGCACACAUACUCACAAGCAUGUACACAUUCACACACACUGUCAUGUUGGUGUUUCAGAAUAAGAGUCUUAAUGGUGUUCUUUCCCUUCUAUCAAGGUUGAUGCUAUGGAAAACAUAGCCUAUAUGAUGCCGGGCCUUUAAGGGACAGGCAGGCUAACGGGCUAAGACUAUCACUUCACUUCACUGUCACAUGUAACUGCUAAAAAAGAGUGUGUGAGUGUGUGUGUGAGUGUGUGUGUGUGUGUGUGUGUGUGUGUGUGUGUGUGUGUGUGUGUGUGUGUGUGUGUGUGUGUGUGUGUGUGUGUGUGUGUGUGUGUGUGUGUGUGUGUGUGUGUGUGUGUGUGUGUGUGUGCAACCAACCUAUAGUUCUGAUCUGGACCCAGAGCAGGAUCUGUUCCCUGGUCGAACAGCAGGUAUCAUUUGAAAUAGUUGUGUUCAAAUGACCAACCUGCCAUUAGGUAGGAGUUGUUCAACCCCACCCCAUCCCCACAGGUGUGGAUGGGACACGCUUCUCACGGCCAACAGGGUCUCCACCCUAUCAAGGAAUGUUUUACAGCCUGAUGACUAAAAGUGAAAAAUAAAAUCGCAUCAUUCUGUGGGUGUGUUGAAAAGUGAUUAAACUAAAUGGGAGUGGCUUAACAGGUUUAAGCCUGAGUCUGCAAGGUUACACCAGGAAAAACAAUUCACAUAGGUGUCAAGUUGGUUAGAGAGUCGGGUAUAUCUCAAGAGACGGGUCUAGUAAAGAGUUUUGGGAAUGAAAGAGAUAACCAUACUGCAUUAAAGCUCAACUGCUCUCAACAUACAAGAAGACAAAGGAUCAACCGAGAGAGACCCCUGAAACCAUGGGUAAGUGUCUUUUCAUAUGUUAGUAUGUUUUAUCCUAGUUUACACAGUCUGUAAACUGUUUUUUCAGUUGUGAUCUAUGUUUUAUACUAUAACUUACUGUUGUAAUGUAAUGUUAAUGUAAUGUUUUAUCACAGUGUUCACAGUGUUGUUGUCAUUUCGACCUAUGUAGUAGGACACACAUGAAAACAUGGAGGAUGUAUUCUGAUGUGUUCUCAUUUAAUUUCAUUUUUCUCAGGCUGUGCGGUUUACGAUUGUAUUUAUUGGUUUAACCCAGUUUUACGUUGUAGCAGAAACAUGUGUUCUCUGCCCUGUUAUGUUUGUAUUCAAUAUUCUGCGAAGCUGCAGGUCUGUUUGGGCUUGUUCUUUUCUCUGUGUUCUCUUAUUGGCGUAUCAUUCCUGCUGGCAUAGCAAUGCUUAUCAAACUAAACGUCCUGGUCAAAGUAGAGAAUGCAGUCGGACAGGAUUGGAAAGGUGUGGCAUACGCGCAAACAAAUUCACCCAGACAAUACAGUGGAGAAAAAACGGUGAAAAGCCUGUUUAUUUGAUGACGGAUUCAGUGUGACGUUAUGGUCUAAUCAGUGAAUACCUUUUUUGUUCUUUGUGACUCAAGCAGAAACCAAAGUUUGUAGCCUAAGAUGACAUUCUAUCGGUCCAUGAAUGUCCACAUCGGGCUACCCCUCCACCACAGAACUGACGCUGGUUCUUCUCGGGACCCUCGGCUGUGGAAAGACUGCCUCGGCAGACACCAUUCUGGGCCAGGUGGCCGCCGCUUCCCCCCCCUCCUCCGGCGGCUCUUCGUCCAGGGUCUGCCUCCGGCGGCAGGGCGUGUCCGAGGGCCGCACGGUGACGGUGGUGGAGACUCCCCGCUGGUACUGGAACGGCCAGCGGGUGGAGGAGAGCGUGAGGAAGGAGAGCCAGCGUGCGCUGCAGCUGGCCGCGCCGGGGCCCCAUGCCUUCCUGCUGCUCAUCCCCGUCUGCCAGUUCACAGAGGUGGAGGGGCGUGUCCCUGGGGAAAUGAAAGAGGUGUUCGGUCCGGAGGUCCUGAAACACACCCUGGUCCUUCUCACCUGUGGAGACUACCUGGCAGGACAGACGGAGGAGAUAUACCUGCAGGGAGAGGACCCGGGUCUGAGGGAGGUGAUCGGCUGCUGUGGUGGGCGUUACCACAUCAUCAACAACCGCCAGCGACAUGACAGGCAACAGGUCCGCACCCUGUUGGACAAGGUCGAGGUCAUGGUAGCCAUGAAUGGGGGAGCCUACGUGCAGACCAGCCCACAGAGGGGGGUGAAGGACCAAACCCCUUCCCAGAAACAGCCGCCCAGUACGAGGGAGCGCUUCCGACUGUUGGAGGAGAAGAAGGCGGCGGUGAGGGAUACCACCGACUAUCAGGAGCCGCCAGUAGCGGCCGGUCGGCGGGGCACAGACAUGACCAUGAAACCCGAGUUCCUGAGGCAUGAGGGUCUAUUGAGCAGUGAGGCGUUGGGGACGCAGAGAUCUCCACCUCGCCAUGGCAACGGACUGGAUGGCAUGUACAGCUCCGUCAUCGAUGGCUCUGUUCUGGGCCAGCUGAAUGCAGCAGAGUGCGCCACAGUGCCACAGGUAUCCAAGGUCAAGCCGAAUGAGAAAACGAUCCAAACUUCUUACCAGGAGAUCAACAGCAUCAGAGAGCAAUCCUCCCACCAGCCCUCUCCCUCCUUCUCCUCUCCACAGUCCCCCAGCUCUGGCUCUUCAUCAUCACUACUAGCCUCUUCCUCAUCUCCAUCCCGACUGCCCCCCUCAUCCUCAUCUUCAUCACAACUCCCCUCCUCUGCCUCAUCUUCAUCACAGCUGCCCUCCUCCUCUUCCUUGUCUUCAUCAAAACAAACCUUCUCCUCUUCCUCGUCUAAAUCACAACUGCCCUCCUCCUCCUCCUCCUCGUCUAAAUCACAACUACCCUCCUCCUCCUCCUCGUCUAAAUCACAACUACCCUCCUCCUCUUCCUUGCCUCAAUCACAACUGCCCUCUCCCUCUUCCCUGUCUAAAUCACAACUGCCCUCCUCUUCCUCGUCUAAAUCACAACUACCCUCCUCCUCUUCCUUGCCUCAAUCACAACUGCCCUCUCCCUCUUCCCUGUCUCAAUCACAACUGCCUUCCUCUUCUUUGACCUCGUCCUACCCCAUGUCUUCCUCUCUGGAGCUGCGUCUGGUGUUGCUUGGCAACUCUGGCGUUGGGAAGAGUGCGGCGGGAAACAGCAUUCUGGGUAAAGAGGAGUUUGAGACGCGGCCCAACAGCCUGGUGGCUGUCACGCAGCAAUGUGAGAAGAGGAGGGCGCUGGUCGCGGGCAGGAAGGUGGCAGUCAUUGACACCCCGGACUGGUUCCACGCAGAGUGUUCCCCGGACGAGGUGCGCGCCCAGAUCUCCUCCUGCGUGGCCCUGUCCUCCCCGGGGCCCCACGCCUUCCUGCUGUGUGUGCCCCUGGACCGGCCAGCCCGCUCGGAGCUGCAGGCCCUCGGGGUCCUGGAGGCCGUGUUCGGGGCGGAGGCGGUCCGCAUGCACACCCUGCUCCUCUUCACCCAGGCUGACCAGCUGCGGGCCAGCGGCAAGAUGGGCGGGGGCAGCGACGUGGAGGCUUACAUCGGCGCCGAGCGGGCGGACCUGGUGAAGCUGGUGGAGAGGUGCGGAGACCGCUUCCACGUGCUGGAGAGGGGGCCCGGGGGGGCCGGGGAGCGCAGCGUGAUCCAGCUCCUGGAGAGGGUGGAGCAGACGGUGCUCGAGGCGGGGGGCGGGUGCUACUCCUGCCCGGCCUUCCAGGAGGCGGAGGAGCGGGUGAGGCAGAGACAGAGGGAGAUCGCCCACGAGAGGAGGGGCGGUCGGGGGGAGCAGGGGGAGCCCCGGGCCGGACGGCCCUCCAUGCGGACGCUGCCCGAGGCCGACGAGGACCAGGAGGACAUCGCAGAGGCACGGGACGAGGCGGAGAGGACGGUGGGCGCCAUGCGGCUGGAGAGCCUGCCGCCCAUCACCGCCUCCGCCCUCAGCCCCUCCCUCAUGAGCUCCAUGAGGGAGAUGGUGGAGUCCACGGCCAAUUGGCUCCCCAAGAUGCUCUCAGACGGCUCCGUGAUGGUGGGCGACGGGGUGAGGAAGGCGGCCCAGAGUCCGGUGUGGGGGAAGAUGGGAACUGGAGCGAAGGAUGUCCAGAGAAUGGUUGCCGAUAGCUCGGUGUGGGAGAGGGUAAGGUCCGGAGCCGGUGGGGUCACCCAGCCCAUGGCAGAUAGCUCGGUGUGGGAGAAGAUCGGAGCGACCAAGGUCCCCGGGUUGAUGUCGGGCAGUUCCUCAGCACUCAGAUCUCGAGCCAAACUGGUCGCCGACAGUGCCAUGUGGGGAAAAGUUGGAUCAGGAGCAAAAUCUGGGGCCAAAUUAAUGUCCAACAGUUCCAUAUGGGUCGGGUCCGGGGCCAAGAGUUUGGCGCAGAGUCCCGUCUGGGGACAGGUUAGGUCUGGGGCCAAAAGCGGAGCCAAGAUGAUGGCAGACGGUUCUGUACGUGUUGGUGCUGGUCUCGGCGAAGGGGUGAAGAAGGUGGCACGGAGCCCGGUAUGGGGCAAGAUGGGAUCCGGGGCCAAAGCCGGGGCCCAAAUGGUGUCCGAGAGCCCCGUCUGGGAGAAAAUGCUGACCGAGGCUAAGAAGGUGCCCAUGGUCGUCGCAGGGGGGGCGUUACUGGGUCUGCUGCUCGGGGUUGUUUUGGGAGGUGUGCUAGGGGGCGCUAUAGGGGCCGCUACUGGAUCUGCGAUAACUGAAGUUGGCCGGAGAAAAUUUAGCAAAGACGGAAAUUCAGUUCAUCAAAUGCAAAGUGGAGGUAUGGGAAAUAUCAUGAUGGAGGGAGAGCAGUCACUACUACAAAGUGGCCAACAGCAUUUUAAAGCACAGUGACACCAAGAAUGUUCAAACGAGAGCAUUCAUGUGUUUGUUUUAUAUAUAUAUAUAUAUAUAUAUAGAUCUAUAGAUAUAUAUAUUGUGCACAGCAUUGUUUUAUGCAAUAAAUGCUGAUGAAUGUAAAUUUAUUGUAUACCAUACAAUUGUUUAUCUUUCCCUGUAAACCGAUCAGAUAUUCAUAUGCUUUGGAACGGAAAUUCAUCUCAAUGUGGUAAUAAUGGACAGCAAUAAUUGUAUUAUAAUGCACAACAUAUUAUAUUGUGCAUUAUCUUUUGUGGAUCAAUAUGGAUCCAAUAUCGAAAUAUUUGAAUUGACCUUACUGCUUGAAUAAAGAAUGCAAAAAUGA